CAGGAGUGGGGGGUAUUUCCAGCUCUGUGGCUUUCACUUCCACUUCUGCCAGGUGGGUGGAGUGGUCUCUUGUGGACGAAUCAGAUUCUUUCUCUGCCCCACUUCAAGAGGUGAGCAGUGGGUCCUGGGUUCCAGAUUACCCAGGCAGCAGCAGCAGAAGCGGCAAAGUCCAAACCAUGGAUGACCAACGUGAUCUCAUCUCCAGCCAGGAGCAGCUGCCCAUGCUGAGCCAGCGCCCCAGAGCCCAGGAGAGCAAGUGCAGCCGUGGAGCGCUGUACACUGGCUUUUCUGUCCUGGUGGCGAUGCUCCUGGCUGGCCAGGCCACCACUGCCUACUUCCUGUACCAUCAACAGGGCCAGCUGGACAAGCUGACUGUCACCUCCCAGAACCUUCAGCUGGAGAGCCUGCGAAUGAAGCUGCCCAAGUCUGCCAAACCUGUGAGCAAGGUACGAAUGGCUACCCCCAUAGUGAUGCAAGCGCUGCCAGUGGAAGGCCUGUUCCAGGGGCCCCUGCAGAAUGCCACCAAGUACGGCAACACCACACAGGACCAGGUGAUGCAUUGGCUUCUGAAGACUGACCCCCUGAAGGUAUACCCGCAGCUGAAGGGGAGCUUCCCAGAGAACCUGAAACACCUGAAGAGCACCAUGGAGUACCUGGAAUGGAAGGUCUUUGAGAGCUGGAUGCACCACUGGCUCUUGUUUGAACUGAGCAAGAAUUCACAAGAGGAGAAGCUCACUGAGGCACCCACCAAAGCACUGACCAAGUGCCAGGAAGAGGUCAGCCGCAUCCCUGACGUUCACCCGGGCUCAUUCCGCCCCAAGUGCGAUGAGAAUGGCAACUAUAUGCCGCUCCAGUGUUAUGGCAGCACUGGCUAUUGCUGGUGCGUCUACCCCAACGGCACUGAGGUCCCCCACACCAGGAGCCGCGGGCGCCAUAGCUGCAGUGACCCGCUGGAGAUAGAGGACCUGUCAUCUGGGCAUGGUGGAACCAAGCUGUUUCUAGGCCAAUGAGAAUUGCGGUCGCAGCUGUAAAUGACAGUGCCCAGCCAGCCCUGCAUGACCACAGCUUCCUUGCCUUGGCACUUCUCCUUUUCUCGUUCCCUUCCUCGACCACCCCUGCACCUCAGUACAUGAGACUCUGGGGCCUGGCUUUUUAUCAUGCUCAGACACAAGAAGCCCCGGGCAGAACAGCACAGUGAAGCAGGACUCAGGGAGGUGGUCAAAGCCAGGCUUGAUCCCAUCGGAACACAGUAGCCUCCCAAGUGAACCCCAGACAGGUGGGAGGUGCAGGGAGCAGUUAGGGUCACCCCACACCCCAGAAAGCCCAAUACCUACUGACUUGUGAGCUUUCCAGCCUAUUUAACUGGGGGAUGAGCCACCCUCUCCUUCCCCCCAGCACUCCUCACUCAGGCCCUGACAGCCCCUCCUCAAUCUGCAAAUCCCCGGUUUCCGGCUCAGCUUGUCACCAGCCCUCAGGGCCACAGCUUGUGUGAGAAUAAAGGUAGUAAGUAG